AACAGAAAAUUUAUAUUUUACCAAAUAUUCACUUCCGUUAAAUAAAAAUGGUGAGAGACGUUUCAGCUUAUCUUUUCGAACAACAGAGGAAAUCUUCUAGCGAAGUAUCCCAGGAAUGGGCAGCCCUUGAGGAUUUGUACAAUAGGAAAUUAUGGCAUCAAUUAACAAUAAGACUACAAAAAUUUGUUAAAAACGCCCAACUGCAGCAGGGUGAUGCAAUAAUGCAGCUGUACCAAAACUUCAUAUCAGACUUUGAACACCGAAUGAAUCCUCUUGCUUUGGUAGAGAUUCUCAUCCCUGUGGCAAGGCAAAUGAAAGAUAAUACACAAGCUCUUGCAUUUAUUGAAAAGAUUCGAAAGGAAAAAGUAAAAAAUGAUAACGAGGCAGUUGUUUUAUGUCUUAUAACUGAAGGAAAUUAUUAUAUUUUAUUGAAUGAUACGGAUAAAGUUAAACAUGUUAUUGACGAGGCUGGAAACUUACUUGAAGAGCUAGAUGGUGUAACCUCAGUCCAUGCACCUUACUACGAGCUAUGUAGUAAUUUUCAUAAACGACAAGCUAAUCAUGCUGACUACUAUCGAGAUGCUUUGAGAUAUCUCGGUUGCAUAGAUGUGAAAACUUUAUCCAACCAAGAUCAAAUCGAAAGGGCUUUCAAUAUUGGACUAGCAGCUAUUUUGGGAAGUGGCAUUUAUAAUUUUGGUGAACUUUUACAACACGACAUCUUAGAAGCUUUAAGAAAAUCUGAUAAAUCCUGGCUCGUACAACUUCUGUUUGCUUUUAAUAGCGGCAAUAUAAGCCAAUAUCAGGAUCUAAAAGUUCAUUGGAGUAAGCAGCCUGACUUAAACGUAAAUGAAAAAUAUAUGAGACAGAAAAUCUCUUUGCUUUGUCUGAUGGAAAUGACUUUUAAAAGGCCAGCUACAGAAAGAGUUUUAAAUUUUUCUGAUAUCGCCAAAGAAACAGAUCUUAACAAAGGCGAAGUAGAACACCUAGUUAUGAGGGCUUUAUCAUUGAAACUUGUCAAGGGCUCAAUCGAUCAAGUCGAUCAAACAGUUCAUAUGAGCUGGGUUCAACCUAGAGUAUUGGAUAAAGAUCAGAUAAGAACGAUGGCUGACCGAUUAAACUCAUGGUGUGAUCAAGUCUCAUCAAUGGAGGCUUCAAGGAAAAGCACACCAGCUAAAAAAGAAAAGGUCAAUGCAUCAUGGGAGUGGUUAGAUGAAGAUGGUAAUUGGUAUAAAUUUACCGACCAUAUUAAUCAACAAUUAAAUCAAUCCUUUAGAGCUGGUAGUCCAUCUGCAACUGUACAAGAAUAUAUAAUAACCUUCAGAGAUAUGAUUGCAAGAAAAGAAGAAAGACAAUAUUAUUUGCGGUAUUUUCUAAACAAUGUAACGUGGAAAGUUGAAAAUCAUCAUCCAAUGAACGCAGAAAAUGUUGAACUGAUUGAAGCAGCGUUCAAGGCCAAGCAACCAUCAAUUCAACUCACAGGUGUCUACGUUGAAAAUGACGAAGAUGAUGACCUUGUUGAGAUAACGUUUGAUGAUAUGUAUGCGAUGGGCGGAAUUAUUGACAAUGAUAUUAAAAGAAUCGAGUCCGGUAGUAAAGCUGUACCCAAUCAGUCUGACAAGAUACCGGUAGACUCACAUAUUACAUGUCCUGAAUUAUACAAGGUAUAUGUUGAAGGUGAUGAUAUUUAUGAUGCAAUGCUCAACCAGACCAAUAUUGGUAAAAACAACAACAAGUUUUACGUUAUACAACUAUUAAUACAAAAAAGUGCCGCCUCAUAUUGCCUUUGGACACGAUGGGGAAGAGUUGGAGUCAAAGGACAGAGCAGUUUGAUUUCAUAUCAAAGCACUGACGAAGCAAAGAAAGCUUUUGAAAAAAAAAAUGAUAUCGUCGUACCUGGUGGUAAAAGCAUUCUUCGUUUAGAAUCUGCACCCGAUUCAGCUGAUGUAGCGAAAAAGCCAAAACUAGAAUGUUCUUGGCAAUGGCUUGAUUUAAAUAAUAAAUGGAAUAAGUUACCUGAUGAAGUAAAUGCUGAUAUCAAUGCAGCUUAUGAACAUGGAAAAAAAACUGUGAAAGUAUCAGGCUUCAAUAUAAAUUUUAAGAAUAUGAUCGCAAAGAAAGCUCGCAAAGAAAUUCAGUUAAGAUACCUUAUUGGUAUGACUAUUGAUAUUUUAAACAACUCCAUGAAAUUCACUAAUAAAUCAUUCCCUUUAGAUAACGAAAUUUGGCAAAUAGAAAAUGUAAAGACGCUCUCGGCAUAUAAUGUAACUCGGAUAUCGGAAGCAUUAAAAACGAAGGAAAGCACGGUUGAUAUUACAGAUCUUCAUCUUGAAAACGGUGAAUUGGAAGAAUUAGCAACUGUUGAUUUCGAUUGUAUGACAGCCGUUGGAGAAUCUGUAGAAGAUAAACUUAAAAAAAUAACGUCAGAUGUCACAGUAACAAAAACUUUCGACGAAGAUGGUCUUGAUGUAAAAACAGAAACAAAGGAAACAGAUGAGAAACCUAUCACUAAGUCAACCAAAACAUAUAGAAUGGAAGUUGGAAAAAUACCAGUAGACCCGGAAAUUUCGAAUCCUGAGAUAUACGAGGUCUAUGUUGAAGGUGAUGAUAUUUAUGACGCAAUGCUCAACCAGACAAAUGUGAAUCAUAACAAUAACAAAUUUUACAUUAUUCAACUAUUAAAACAAAAAUCUGCUUCCUCAUAUUGUGUUUGGACACGAUGGGGAAGAGUUGGAGUCAAAGGACAGACCAAUCUUGCACGAUCUUCCCUGGAUGGCGCAAAAAAAACUUUUGAAAAAAAGUUUUAUGAUAAAACAAGGAAUCAAUGGUCGAGUCGAAAGUCAUUUGUCAAAAUACAAGGAAAAUAUGAUCUUGUUCAUAUAGACUACAGUACUGAUACGGCUAAACCAGAAGUAGCAAAUCCAAAACCAGGAAUAAAAACAGAAAUUCGAGAAUCAUCUCUAGAUAAACCAGUACAAGACCUUAUCAAGCUUAUUAGCGAUGUCAAAGCUAUGGAAGCAGCUGUUGUUGAAUUAAAAUAUGAUGCUGAAAAAGCUCCAUUGGGUAAACUCACCCCUAAUCAAAUUAAGGCUGGUUUUGCUGCUUUAAAGAGUGUUGUUGAGUGCAUUGAAGGAAAGUCAAAAACAUCUCUGGUUGACGCUUGUAGUAACUUUUACACUAAAAUACCACAUAAUUUCGGAAUGAAGAGACCUCCACUAAUAAGUACUAUGCAAGAAGUGAAAACUAAACUACAGUUGCUCGAGACUCUAGGUGAUAUUGAAAUUGCUAUGAACGUUCUAAAGAAUGUGGAUGAAGGUGAAAAUCCGAUCGAUUCACACUAUAAAUCAUUACGAUGUGAUCUUAAACUAAUAAAGCAAGAAUCUAAUGAGUUCAAGAUUAUCAAUGAGUAUAUGCAAAAUACUCACGCAAAGACGCAUCGUCAAUAUGAUUUGGAAAUAAAAGAAAUUUUCGAAGUAGAAAGAGAUGGAGAGGAUAAAGUAUAUAAUGAUGUUGGAAACAAAAUGCUUUUAUGGCAUGGAUCUCGACUAACCAACUGGGUUGGAAUUCUUAGCAAAGGACUUCGAAUAGCACCACCUGAAGCGCCUGUUACUGGCUAUAUGUUCGGAAAAGGCGUUUAUUUUGCUGACAUGUCUAGCAAGAGUGCUAACUACUGCUUUGCAAAUAAGGUAAAUUCAACAGGACUACUAUUACUUUGCGAAGUAGCACUGGGCGAAACUUGCAAAAAAUUCGCGGCCGAUUAUAAUGCAUCAAAUUUACCAAAAGGAAUGUCAAGCACUCAUGGAGUUGGUAGAACAGCUCCAGAUCCGAAAGUUGUUAAAAAACUAAAUGACGUCAUUGUACCUUGCGGUAAAGGUGUUGAUAAUCCGCUAAUUGGAUCAACUAAAACAUCUCUAAUGUACAACGAGUAUAUUGUAUACGAUGUUCAACAAAUAAGAAUGAAAUAUCUGAUACGAACAAAUUUCAAAUUCAAAUAG